GAGAAUUAGAGGCGAGUAUGUUGCGAUGCGUUACAUUUGGACGGCUGCGCACUUUAUCACCACUGUGCCAGGGGUGUUUAUCCCGGUACAUAUCAAGUGACACUGCUGAUGAGCAAGGAGGAUUCACACGAUCCAUAUAUUCAAAGCCACAGUACAAGCAUGUUGUCCGUGAUGGGAAAGUUGUAAAAAUAUAUACUGGUCUGAUAACUGAAACACCUACCAACUUUUCAGACCAAAUGCAUACACAUCUGUUGGAAGUCUCGAAAAAAGAAACCCUGACAAUACAAAGCCUUCAUACUAUUUUAAUAACUCGGAUGAGAAAACGCAACAGACAGAGACAAAUAAUUUCUGACAAAGAAAUAGAAAAUUUAGGUGUAGAUAUUGCUGUAGCACGUAUGGUAUGUCGUCUAGGGGGACGUGUCCAACUUGUUGGCCAAACUGAAUGGAUUCAGUCUUACUAUGGGAUACCUCCGAGUUUACCAAAUAAAUAUGAUGACAAGUUCCUGCUCCAAACAAUUGAUCUUUCAGGUACUAAUAUUGUGUAUGAAGGCUUGGAAUUCCUACCUUGUUUAACCCACCUACAAUAUUUACGAUUGAGGAGAUGUGUACAUCUUGAUGAUUUUUGUCUAUCAAGAGUUGGACGAAUUAAGGGAUUACAAUUUCUAGAUGUCAGUGAAUGUCCUAGUCUGACUUCAAAAGGCCUAGCUACAUUGGGGCAAUUAAAAGAUUUACGUCGUUUAAUUGUUAGUGGUAAUCCACAAAUUAAAGAUAAAGAAUUAGUCUGUCUACUCCUUGAAGAUGAUUUACCGAAAGUAUACAUAGAUGGAGUUGAUUAUAUCGGUCAAUUGCCUAGUGAAUCAAAAGAGAAAAUUCUCCAGUUAGUAGCAGCAGCAUCUACCACAACGACAACAAGUGAUGGUGAUACAGAGAUGAGUGUUCAUCAAUCACGGGAGAAGAUACAAGAAGGCAACGAAGAAGAAGAAGAGAAGGUGAACAAAGAAGAAAAGUUGUUGUUUUUCACAGUCUGACUUCUGUGUCUAACUCGCACUGCGGAAGAUGAAUUCAAAUUGGUCAGUUACAGUGUCGUGUUCUGGUGGCGCAGCAUUCUAGUCAAAUUAGACGAUCCUACAACCCAGUAUUACUCCUUACAUAACAAAAUGUGUGGUUCAUAACCUGAAACAUGAAAGACCUGUUCGACGGAUUGAUUGACUCGAAGCAAUUCAAGAAAUCAAUAAUCCAUCAUGAUAAUAUAUGCAACACAGUGUAUCGUUUUAUAGCUUGGCUUUAGUUACCCGAAUAGAGGAAGAAAGAGAGAGAGACAGGGUCAAAGUUCAACGCCAGCUGAUAACAUUUAACCUCAAAGUGCCAAUAAAAUGUAAAAACAAAAAAGAGUAUUGAACAGUUUUCUUUUUCUACUCACCUCAUCACUAUAAGCUUUAGCA